AAAAAUAAAAUAAAGAGAGUGCUUGAUUUAUAGGGUUUUCAAUCGUUUCUCCAAUCCUCUCAUUGAAAAAAUCAGAGAAGAAAAUGAACGAAUUUGCAGAGACUCACAAACGCGAUGCUGAUUCAGAAAACAAGGAGGAAAUUGCUGCAUCGAAGAAGUUAAGGGUUGAAUCUUCGGAAGAAAAUGCUUCAAAGGAACUAUCUUUCCUCAUUGAAGCGGAUGCUGCUGAAGAUAAAGGGUUGAGACAUUCCAUGGAAGAUGAAUGGGUUGUUCUUCUUGAUGCAGCUCGAGAUUUCCCUGGAAAUUUGAGAUGUGCUCACUUUGCAAUUUAUGAUGGACACGGGGGCCGGUUAGCUGCAGAGUAUGCUCAAAAACAUUUGCAUGGAAAUGUUCUCGCAGCAGGAUUACCACGUGAGUUGUUGGAUGUAAAGACUGCUAAAAGAUCUAUACUUGAUGGUUUUCGAAAAACUGAUGAGUCUCUUCUUCGAGAAAGUGCUGAAGGGGGGUGGCAGGACGGUGCUACAGCUGUAUGUGUCUGGGUAUUGGGACAAAAAGUUUUUGUCGCAAAUGUAGGAGAUGCCAAAGCAGUUUUAGCUCGGGCAACUUUAUCUGAUGGAUCCCAAGAUAACUCAGAUGGAGUACCUGCUCUCAAAGCCAUUGUUUUGACUAGAGAACACAAACCUAUAUUCCCGCAGGAGCGAGCACGCAUUCAGAAGGCUGGUGGUGUUGUGAGCUCAAAUGGACGAUUACAAGGGCGUCUAGAAGUAUCUAGGGCUUUCGGAGAUCGCCAGUUCAAAAAGGUGGGUCUUGUUGCAACUCCAGAUAUCCAUUCUUUUGACCUUACUGAUAGAGAUCAUUUCAUCAUUCUUGGUUGUGAUGGAUUGUGGGGGGUGUUCGGACCCAGUGAUGCUGUUGAUUUUGUUCAGAAGUUAUUGAAUGAGGGACUGCCUGUAACAACUGUGAGCCGCCGUCUUGUAAGGGAAGCUGUUCGUGAACGUCGCUGCAAAGAUAAUUGCACUGCAAUUAUCAUUGCAUUCAAGCGUAAUUAAACCAUCUUUCAUGUGUUAUACUAGCUGGGGUACUAAUUGAAAUGAAAUGUUUUCGGAUGCUGCUUCUGUAAACAAUGCACAAAUUUCGUAUUUCCUAUCAUUGCAAACAACUGAUGCCACCGAAAGCAUGGCAAAAUUAUUUGGUUAUGGUACUGGUGCUUGAAUGAUUGUUGUAA